AUGUAAGCAAACACCAAAGUCCCUGUGGAUAUCCAUAAGACUCUUGAAGAUAACUUUAAAGUCAUCAAAGAGCAGGGAGUGAAUGAAAUUUGCAAUUUCAUGUUAUCCAGUUUACGUGAUUAGGACUUGCCAUAACACAUACGAUUAUAGUAUUUGUAUAAUGUCCAUUAGAUCAAUUAGAAAAUGAGUUUGACUGAAUUGUGCAACAAUCAAUUGGAAUUGAACAUCGUAAACAAUAUCAAAUAUUAUGGGUAAGAUUUAGAUUAAUUGCUGAAUUAAAUGGACACAUCCCUAACUGCCUAAUGUGAAUAUUUGAGACCCAUCCCCUAAAUAUUAACACCACAAUGGGAAGACAUUUCACCUCAAUUUAUACAUCAACCAAUCUGGGAUUACAACAUAAACCCAUUCCUCUUUCGAUUUUACUUAGCACAAGCACAAUCCACCAAGCUUUCCCCAUAGGAUCACUAGAUGAUCUUGACUCUAUUCAAGCCUGAAUAUAAAAAUGACAUCACUCAAUUCAACAACAUUGUUGAGCACAACCCACAACUAGUUAGUGAUAUCAUUACUAAACUACACUAAUCUGGAGUUAAUGUUCAUGAAUAUUUAGAUUUCCUCAUUCAAAUUAAGGUCACCAUCUAAACUUUAGAAUUAGUGAACCAACUCACCAAGAACAUAACUCUUCCUGAUCAAUUUCUUAUAAGCUUCAUUACCAGAUGCAUCGCCACUUGUGAAGAAGUCAAAUAAAAUCAAUAACAAUUAGCCAGAUAAGUUAGACUCGUAUCAGUUUUCAUUAAGACUUUGAUCAAAUAAAAGACCUUCAAUCCUAAGAAGAUUUAUGUUUAACUCUAGGGAUUUUGUUUAGAGUUUUCUUCAAUUUAAGAGGCGACUCAAUUAUUUAAAGCCAUUAAAAAUGCUGUUCAGGAACAAUGA